AUGGAUCUACAAAGAAGAAUAAAAUUGGAACCACUGAAGGAAAACCAUACCUUAAGCUCUGAAUUUAUUAUCUUAGGCUUUGGGGAUCUGGCCGAACUACGGAUCCUCUUUUUUGGACUAUUUCUAAUUAUGCAUCUUGUCACCCUAGCAGGCCAUACAACUAUUGUGCUUAUCACCCUCAUUGAUACCUGCCUUCAGACACCCAUGUAUUUCUUCCUUCGGAAUCUAUCUGCCAUUGAAAUUUGCUACAUAUUAGUUAUUGUCCCUAACAUGCUGGCCAAUUUCCUGUCCAAAACCCAGCGAAUGCCCAUCCUGGGAUGUGCUCUGCAAAUGCACUUCUUUAUUGCCCUGGGUGGAGCAGAGUGUUUCCUCCUUGCUGCAAUGGCCUAUGAUCGUUUUGUGGCCAUCUGCAACCCCCUGCGUUAUACACUUAUUAUCACCAAGGCACUCUGUUUGCAGAUGUUGGCUCUGGCAUGCAUCAGUGGUUUUACACUUUCACUCACCCUUACCACGCUGAUAUUCCUCCUGCCCUUCUGUCAGUCCCAUGUCAUCAACCAUUUCUUCUGUGAUAUUCCUGCUGUUCUAUUCUUAGCCUGCUCUGACACACGGGGCAAUGAGAUUGCAGUCUUCCUUGUCUGCAUGCUGAUUCUGUUGAUACCCUUCUUGCUGAUCCUGUUUUCAUAUGGAUUCAUUAUUGCUGCCAUCCUCAGAAUCCAUUCAGCAGAAGGCAGGAGCAAAGCUUUCUCUACCUGUGCUGGCCACCUGCUGGUCUCUGUCAUGCACUAUGGCUGUGCAAUUUUCAUCUACAUUCGUCCCAAGUCCUGCUACACCCCGGAACAGGACAAAAUUGUGUCCUUAAUCUAUACCAACGUAACCCCAAUGCUCUACCCUAUGAUCUAUAGCUUGAGAAACAAGGAAGUCAAAGGUGCCCUCAGGAGACUCCUGGUGAGCCACAACUGA